AUGCGAUCGAGGGUUUUUCCGAGGCAUGUUUGUAUCCAUCCAAAUCCCUCCCUCACGUCCUUUGAAACACUUGAUCUCUACUCGCGUGCGAUCACUCUCACACCACACACGUCCUCUACACCCUUUCCCGUCUCCUUGGCAACGAACCUGUCCCGACCCAUCACGAUGUCCAACGAACAGCCCUACGACCCCUAUAUCCCGGCCAACCAGACCGGUGCGCCCACUGCUGGUGCCUCCCAGCAGCAGAAUGGAAACCAGCGCACCGCUGCGCUGCAAGCGCAAAUCGAUGACACUGUCGGUGUUAUGCGCGAGAACAUCACAAAGGUUUCCCAGCGUGGUGAGCGUCUCGACUCCCUGCAGGAUAAGACCGACAACCUUGCCGUAUCAGCCCAGGGAUUCCGCCGGGGUGCCAAUCGCGUACGCAAGCAGAUGUGGUGGAAGGAUAUGAAGAUGCGUGUAUGCCUGGUUAUCUGUGUGAUCAUCCUACUGGUGGUCAUCAUUGUCCCUUCUGUCGUAGCAACAAAGCAUUAA